AUGGCACAAGAGUAUAUGGACUUGGCAUGUAGUGAAUGUAGGAGUAUAUUGAAGCAUAUAGAUCUGGGCAGAUUCACAAUCCCAUGUUUUAUUGGAGGCCGUAUGAUAAAAAGGUCCCUUUCUGAUCUUGGAGCUAGUGCUAAUGUUAUACCGCUAUCACUGUGUAAGAAGUUGAAUUUGGAAGAGCCUAAACCUAUCAAACUUACAUUGCAAUUUGUUGAUCAAUCUACAACUCGCCCAAUUGGAAUUCUUGAAGAUGUCCCAGUUCGCGUGGACAAAUAUUUUGUGCCAUGUGAUUUCAUUCUGAUAGAUGCCCCAGAAAAUCCCGAUACUCCCAUCAUCUUGGGGAGACCUUUCCUGGCUACAACUAGAGCACUAAUUGAUGCAAGGAAGGGAACAAUGAUUUUUGACUUUGGAGAGGAAAAUGUAGAAUUCAAUGUCAUUAAUGAGCCAAAGUCCACUGGUGUUGAAGAUUGCUCUAUGGUUAAUAGCAAGCCCCUUGACAUGGUAUUGGAGCAUGAAAUGUGGAAAAACUUUUUUGGGCAUGGAUUCACUAUCGAUGAUCUACCUGAUUGA